AAAAUGUAGCAUCAUCUCUCCAGACAAAUGUUACACUAUAUAAGAAGCACUAGAUGAGGCAUAAUUCCUUGCAUCACUCACUUCUCUUCUCAUCCUCUGCCUCAAACUAAAAGUAUCAAAAAUGAAACCAUUUUUCUUUCAAUUUGCAGCUAUCCUUCUGUUAUUGCUUAAUACUAUUAUGAUGAUAGAAACUCAAGCAGCUUAUGUUAAACCUCAGCGAGUCACGUGCUAUAAACGUUACCGCAAAUGCUAUCUCAAGUACAUAACUUGCCCCUCUGAAUGCCCAGAAAUUCGCCCAAAAGAUCCCUAUGCUAAAGAAUGUUUUCUUGAUUGUUACUCUCCAAAAUGUGAAGCAGUAUGUAGAAAACGAAGACCAAAUUGUGAUGGUCCUGGUGCAGCUUGUUACGAUCCUCGUUUCAUAGGUGGAGAUGGGAUUGUUUUCUAUUUCCAUGGCAAAAAAGAUGAGCAUUUCAGCCUAAUUUCAGAUGUCAAUCUUCAAAUAAAUGCUCGUUUCAUUGGCCUUCGUCCUGCUGGCAGAACACGAGAUUUCACAUGGAUCCAAGCUUUAGGCCUCAUAUUUGGCUUCCAUAACUUCACUCUAGAAGCCACAAAGGCAGAAAAUUGGGAUCAAGAAGCUGAUCACUUAAAAUUCACAUAUGAUGGGAUGAGUUUUAAUGUUCCAAUAGGCUAUUCAUCGGCAUGGAAUUCACCUGAUGAAAAUCUUGAACUUGAAAGGACCUCAGGAACAAAUAGUGUAAGAGUUACAAUUCAGGAAAUAGUGGAAAUCUCAGCCAAUGUUGUUCCUGUUACAGAAAAAGACGACGCGAUACAUGGUUAUCAAAUUCCUAAAAAUGAUAGCUUUGCUCACUUAGAAGUGCAAUUCAGGUUCUUUGGUUUGUCUCCAAAUGUUGAAGGCAUUCUUGGCAGGACUUACCAGCCAAGUUUCAAGAAUCCAGCCAAGCCAGGGGUCGAUAUGGCGGUUGUUGGUGGUGAUGACAAGUACAAGACUAGCUCACUUCUAUCAACUGACUGCAACUCUUGUGUUUUCACUCCUGGAAAAAUGUUUGCUGAGAGAGAUUUGGCAUUAAUGGACUAUGGCUCUCUGGAUUGUACUGGUAGAGGUAUUGAUGGUGGAAAAGGAAUUGUGUGCAAGAAAUGAUCUUUUUCUCUUAUUAAUCACAUAGUAAAAGAAAGGAAGCCAGCCAAUAUGGCUAUCCAAUUAGUACAAGUUCAAUUCUUAUGUUUUAUGCUAGUAAUAAGUAAUGUAACAGUUUGAACUCA